UCUCUCCACCCCUCGCCUUGCCUCUCCCUCACACUCGCUGCCUGCCGGGCUGCCAUCGCGGUGGCGCCAGGAGACUCGGCUCGCUCUCCCGCGCCUCAGGGAUGUGCUGAGAAGGGGGCAGCUCCCCUCGGGCCUCUCGGCGCUUCGCCCUCUUCCCUGCUCCAGAGCCUCAUCAGAAAGGGUGCGAGCCGGCGAGCUGCGUGAAGGAAUUCUUCAGCCAUGGAUGUGUUCAUGAAAGGGCUUUCCAAGGCAAAGGAGGGAGUUGUAGCAGCAGCAGAAAAAACCAAGCAGGGUGUGGCAGAAGCAGCCGGAAAGACGAAAGAGGGUGUCCUCUAUGUGGGUUCCAGGACCAAGGAAGGGGUUGUUCAUGGUGUCACGACAGUGGCUGAGAAGACUAAAGAGCAAGUAUCUAAUGUUGGGGGAGCUGUGGUGACAGGAGUGACGGCAGUGGCCCAGAAGACGGUGGAAGGAGCUGGGAACAUUGCAGCAGCUACUGGCUUGGUGAAAAAGGAUCAGCUGGCUAAACAGAAUGAAGAUGGUAUACUGCAGGAAGGCAUGGUGAAUAAUACAGGUGUUCCUGUGGAUCCUGAGAAUGAGGCUUAUGAAAUGCCUCCAGAGGAAGAGUAUCAAGAUUAUGAACCUGAGGCGUGAGAAUGCUUUCCUCCUUAAUAUCUCCUGAAAUCCACUAACAAAGACGUCCCAUCCUGUACAAGUGCUGAGUUCCAAUGUGCCCAGUCGUAAAAUUUUUUUACAGUUUUUACAGUGUAUUUUGAAGUCUUCCAUCAGCAAUGAUUGGAGUAUCUGUGACUGCAUCCACCUUGUUUUCAGCAUUUCCCUCCUGCUGAAAUGAAAGCUGGUUGGCAGGGUCAUUGUUGUGCUGUGGAUAUUGUGGCUUCAAGUUUAAAAGUUAAGAAAAUAUUAAAUAAAAACACCUAAGUGUCUACUGCUUAUUUCUAACUCUGUACAUGUUUUGUUGAUAGGCUGUCAGUAAUUUGGUAUUAUGAUACAAGAUUUUUUUGUUUCCUAUGAUUAUUCUUUCUGUGCCGAAAUGACUUAUUGUGAGAGCUUUAUAUAUGUGUAUGUAUUAUAUAUAUAUAUAAAUAUAUAAGUAAUUGAGCAUGAACUAUGCACCUAUAAAUAUUAACUGUUGAAAUUUAUUGUUUUGUGAUGUGUUUUAUUAACUUGUGUCUGUAAAUAAUGGUGUUCAACUGAAGCAAAUAAAAAGUAACCCAUUAAAAAUGA